CAAGUUCUAUAAAAAUGGUCCAGAUGAACAGCAAAGGAACGGUUUCUGGCGGAAGUGCAAGUACCAACUAAUUCAACACCACUGGCUGCUGGCUCUCCCGGUAAGCCAUUGUGGCUAAUGAAGUUUGAGCCGAGAGGCGACUCAGUUGCCUGGCGACUAGCGAACAGCUUGGACGUGUGCUCUCCGGUUUCGUUCCGAGUUUUCCUACACUGCAGCCGUCAAAUCCGAAAUUUUUGGGAAAUGCUGCUUUCAAUGCAAAUGUGGCGCUCUCUGUUUCUGGCGGCCCUCUUCUGCGGAUUAGCCCAGGCCAAAGGCUCGCACAAGGUGCACUGCUCGGAGGAUCAGAUGCGGGUAGACAUCGGUCUGCCGGAUGCGGACUCCCAGGAUCAGAGUGCCCCGCAGAUCUACUUGGAGGGACUGAAGGGCUAUCCGGACGUCCGAUGCCAGCCGCAAAUCGAUGGAUCUCUGGCCGUGUUUAGGCUUUCGCUGAGCGACUUUUACGAGUGCGGAGUCACGCGGAUGGUCAACCAGCUGACGGGCAAGAAGGUGUAUUACCAUAAAAUCAUCAUCGAGUCGGCCAGCAGCAAGGAGAUCGUCAGCGUUAAGUGCAUCACCACGGCCAGUCCCGCCUAUAAUGUGAUGAUGAAUGCCACCACCGGAUCGAGUUCCACGGCCAGCGGUAUCCGCGGCCUGGUCAAGCGGGAUGUGCUGCCGGCGGGAUUCCAGGAACCCGAGGACUUGGAAAUCACCACUUCGUUGACCAAGCGGGCUCCCGAACCACGGCUGUCGAUUGGCGUUAGCCAGGAUGGUCAGAAGUUCACCAGGGAUUUGACGGUCAAGUCGGGCACUCCUUUGACCAUGGAAAUCAACCUCGAUGAAGACUCUGCCCCUGUUUAUGGACUUGGUGUGAACUAUCUGGAUGUGACGGAUACGCAUACCUCAUCGGAAACGCUGAUCUUCAAGGGCUGCACUGUGGAUCCCUAUUUGUUUGAGAACUUCAACACCGUCGACGGCGACAUUUUGAGCGCCAAGUUUAAGGCCUUCAAGUUCCCCGACUCGUCGUAUGUCCAAUUCCGGGCCACGGUCAAUGUGUGUUUGGACAAGUGCCUGGGUACCCAGUGCUCCAACAACCAGGUGGGAUUCGGGCGACGCAAGCGGGAGAUCAGCUCAGCGAACAAGGUCUACGAAAUCUCGCUGACCAUGUUCCUGCAGGUGCAAGACAUCGAGGGAGUCAAUAAGAAUGAGGUCCUGCAGCUGGAGGAGAAGCUGCGGGAGCUGAAGCUGGCCAACCAGCGCCUGGCCAGGAACAGCCGUGGCAACUUUGCCGUGGAGCAGACGCCCGCCAACGCCCAACCCGCCUUCGUGGUGGACGAGCGGGAGCUGGGCCACCUCAGCUCCGGAUCGGGAUCGGCCUCGAAUGGCCUGCCGAUGGUUCUCUGGACGCUUUUCGGCUUCCUGAGUUGGCGGCUGAUGUAGAAGUUGUAAAUCUCUCAAGGCGUGAACGAUGUGCGAGUGCGAGGAAUGCUAAUCAGGGCGGAAUUGCGUGCAGUGGCAAUGAACGAAGGAGGGAAUAUUAAUGUACUACCUAACUACUAAUAUAUACCUAUACUUGAUGUAACUGCCAUUUACAAAACGUAAUUAACUUUAAAUGUAUGCAUAGCGUAGGUUUUCAACGACUUAUGGCAGGCGACAUUGCGACAGAAACAGACAGACAACAGUGAUUCUUAUUAAAAUACAUGAAAACACUUACAGAUAAAUAUAUAAAUAUGCAUAUAUGUUGGAGAACUUGAAGAACUCGGUCUAACUCAUAAGCACCUACUAGUCUCCUAAGUGUAACUGUUAAGCUAAUUUAAUUAACGACUAAACUAAACGAAAUAAUUAAUUAAACGAAACUCUGAUCGAAUGAA